GAUGUGUUAAAAGUUAACACAAAAAAUGUGUUGUCACAUACUUAACACAGUUUGUGUUGAUAUUAGCACAACAUGUGUUAAGAAGCUCAAAAUCUUAACACAUAUUGUGUACUGGACAAGUUAACACAACUGUGUGUUAUUUCAGUCUACAUGGCGGGAAUUUGCCCUUGCGCUUCUGCCCUGGUGAACCUGUGCAAAGCAGGUUUGAGCUUUCCCGCCGCAUUUGACAAAGGACUUGCAAUGGAGGCUGCUUCUCUUGGGAUGCACUACGACCCCUUGAACACACAAGACAGCCCACCCACCAGCAACAAAGUUCUUGUCACAGUAAUCAGAAAUGACAUAGAGGUGUCAAAAAGAGUCCUCAAUGUGACUGGGACAGCUGAUCUCAUAGAACAAACUCUAUCCCAGCAAAGAGACAGUGUAUUCCACCGGCUGUUAAAAUACAAUCCAGAGUUCAACGACUACAUUGAUGAUGAUGAUGAGCCCCUGAAGCACCUGGAUAGAUACCAAAUCAUCUUGAUGGAGGCUAAACAAAAUGAGGCUGAACCAUUGAAUGCAGGUGAAGAUCGUCAAAGUGGGCUAUUGGAGAAAGAGUCUCUAAGACAAACUGAUAGCGUGCACAGCUUUGAUGCUCCAGGUUUGGUGGCACUAAUCAAGAACAAAGCCCCAUCUGUUCUCGCUGAAUAUGAAAAAACUGGAACACUCUCUCUCACAUCCCGAAAACUCCUUGUAAGAACAGGUGUCAGCAGUCUGGUUGAGCGACGGGGAUUUUACCCCUCCAGUGCUGACAAGCUGAUGUUGGCUAAAAGCAUGAUUGCAGUCUUCUCAUCACUCAUGAUCAAGAUACAAGAAGAGAACAAAGGAUUUGAGCACUUAUAUGACCCAGUGUCCCACUGUGGAUUCAUUGAGAUGAAACUGAGGAACCUGCGGAGAAGCCUUCAUGAUGAUCAGAGACGCUAUCGCAAACGUAGGAGGUCCAGUGAGGGUUCUGCGGGAGCGGUAACAUUACAAGUAAUUGCAGAAGGAGAAGACGAAUCUACGCAAGAUUGGAUAACGGCCACCAAAAGGAUGAGACCAUCUCCCGAGAACCUUGCAUCCAUCAAAAUGGGCAUGGAGAAAACUUUCAACAACCGAAGGCUCUGGAUCACAACUCAGUCACCAACCAUAGAGGAGAUUUUUCAUCAGUACCCUCGCUUUGUAGAUCUGCCAUAUUUGUUUGAUGCAGAGUUUGCAAAAAUAUUUCCGGGCAAAGAAAAUCAAUUUCUUCGGAAAUGGGAAGGACAUAUUGUUCCCAAACUCCUGAAAGUGGCCAGACUGGAAAAUGAAAAUGAUCCUGAUGUUCUGUCAGCUGGUGAGGAGAGUGAUGAGUCACGUUGUCUCAGAGCUCUUAAGUCACUCACCAGUUUUCUACCUCCGACUGCAACUGGGAGGAACAAAGGCUGGUCCAAGUGCAGCGUGAAAUCAGCCUUGUCAUAUAUCCUAGAGGUGAAACAGACUGGAACAAGUAUCCCCAGCCUCUACCAAGAACAAACAGCAGGAGCAGCGGAAGUGCAACAACCAAAGCUUGUGUGUCUGGGAGAUCCAUGUUCAGCAGCACAAUAUAUUAUUGUGGCAAAGCAUGACAAAGUUGCCAUCCCUUUACAGGACGAAGGACUGACAUGUGCCCUGGACAAGCUGUUCAAAAUGUUGUGGGUCUGUAAUGUAGCCUAUCCUGUCCAACUUAACUCUGUGUAUUCUUUUAUUGAGCAUGUUUAUGACUUGCCCAUCUCAGGACCAAAGAGAUCAAAAGUUUUGGAGUUGAUUGCCAAGCUCCGUGCACUAGGACAGAUUAAACAUGUACACGUGUCCCAAGUGCAAAAAGUCAAUUUCAAACAGUGUAAGGACUCUGAUCAGACAUCUUAGGCAAGUUCACGCAGUUUCAGAUGCACAGGAAUAUACAAUUGUAUGUAGUCAAAACCAUUGUCAGAGAACAUAUCAUAAUUUCAAUUCAUAUGCCAGACAUCUCAAUAGAGAACACAAUCCAGUUGCAAACCCACAACAUCUUGAACAAGUUGAUCUAAGUGAUGUGUUGGAGGAUGUUUCUGUGCCAUCUUGCAGUCAUGCCAUGGACACUUCUGAAACUACUUUGGAUGCUGAUUUGGACACUUCUAGGGAUCUUCAAUUUUCAAACCACCGUGAGUGUGCCGCAUCAUUUGUUGCUAAAAUGUACUCCUCAUCAAAUGCCACCUUGACUGAUGUACAGAAAAGCAUUACAUGCACCAAGGAACUACUGGACAAGACAUUGGACUCUUUAAAAGAGAAAACUGCAUCUGUUAUUAACAGCUACUCUAUAUCAAAUGAUGAUGAUGCUGUACAGUCGUUAAUGCAAGAUUUUGAAAAUGCACGAAAUAUGUUUUCAGAGGUCGAUACUCCCUACAAAAUGUGCAAAUAUUUUUCUGAAAAACACUCCCUUGUCAAGCCCACAGAAAUUUUCUUAGGACACAGAGGUGACACUGCUAGAAAGCAGGGAAAAUUUUCUCAAGUACUAGCUGCAGACACUUUCCAGUACAUUUCAAUUAUUGAUACCAUAAAGUUCCUCUUUGGAAGUGAAAAAAUGCAGAAACUCUAUAAGCAAUCGACAAAAAGUGUUGAUGGUAAAAUGCGAGAUUAUUGCGAUGGCACACAUUUUGCGAAUCAUACGUUAUACAACAGGUAUCCCAAUGCUCUACAAAUCCAAAUGUAUUUUGAUGACUUGGAAACGACCAAUCCUUUGGGGUCAAAAACAAAAGUUCACAAAAUGGGAGCUGUUUACUUUUGUUUAAGAAACUUGCCUGUGGAAUUGAACUCCUCCCUUGCAAACAUCCACCUCUGUCUACUCUUUAAUUCUAUCGACCGGGAAACCUAUGGCUUUGACAAAAUAUUAGCACCUUUUUUAGAUGACAUUCGAAGACUUGAAACGGAUGGGAUAGAGGUUGUAAUUGAGGGUCAGAUUUCUGUGCUUCAUGGUACUAUCUGCCUUUUGACCGCUGAUAAUUUGGCUUGCCAUUCACUUGGUGGGUUUUUAGAGAGCUUUUCAGCUAACAGAUUUUGCCAUUUUUGUCUAACUGACAAACAAACUGCCCAGUGUGUGUUUGAUGAUGAUCACCAGGAGUUUCGUGACAAAGUAAACUAUGAAGAGCAUGUCUUGCAAAAUACUCCAAGUUUAACAGGAAUAAAAACAUAUUCCUGUUUAAACUCACUAAAUUACUUUCAUGUUACUGAAAAUAUUUGUGUGGAUGUUAUGCACGACAUUUUGGAGGGUGUUGCUUUAGUUGAAGUAAAACUGAUGUUAAAACAUUACAUUUAUGAAGACAAGUUGUUCACUUUGGACCAGUUCAAUGACAGAUUAGAAAGCUUUGACUAUGGUGUUGCAAAUGAAAAAAACAAACCAAGUGUUAUUCUUAAUUUAAGAACAUCAGAUAAUCCCAUAAAACAAACAGCAAGUCAGAUGUGGUGUCUCUUGCUCUUUUUACCUUUUCUGAUUGGAGAUUUUGUCAGUGAACAUGAUCAACAUUGGAAAUUGUUUCUUCUCCUCAGAGAAAUAUGUAGUAUUGUAUUUUCUCCAGUUGUAAGUGUUGGGCUUAGUGUUUUUUUAAAGCAGUUGGUUAUUGACCACCAUGAUUUGUUCAAGAUUCUUUAUCCAGACAGACCACUCACCCCAAAACAUCAUUUUAUGACUCAUUAUUGGCGCAUGAUGAUAAAGUUUGGCCCACUUUUAAAAUUAUGGUGCAUGAGAUUCGAGAGCAAGCAUGGCUCUCUGAAAAGACAUGCUCAUGUUGUGUGUAAUUUUAUAAAUAUUUCUAAGACAUUGGCUUAUAAAAUGCAGGUACAAAGCAUGUACAACUGGAAAUUUAGCAAUCCCCUCGUCAAAAAAAUGACAGUCACAAAUGCCUUUGCAGUCAUGGUUGGAUCAUUGAAAAAAUGUGAUUUGUUAAUUCAAAAUCUAAAUGCACUUGGCCAUGAUGUCAGUACUUGCAGCAUAAUACAUGUGGCCCACUCUGUCUUUUGUCUUGGUCAUACAUACAAAACUGGUUCUGUUCUUGUUUUAAACUGUGAUAUAAGGGGAGAGCGUCUAUUUGGAGAGAUUGUGCACAUGGUUCUGAAUUCAGAAAGUGAAGAGAUGCUCUGUUUUUUAAGAGUUUUAACUGUUGUUUAUUUUGAUGAGCACCUGUUUUCAUAUGUUGUGCAAAGGACCAAUGAGUAUGAAAUGAAAGAUGUUAAAGGCUUAGCAGACCCAAGACCACUAGACAUAAUUUCCUUUUCUAGAAAUCAGUUUUUUAUAAAUCCAAGAUACAAAUUAAUUGUUUAAUUAUUUUCCUGUGACAUCUCUGUAUCAGCCUGAUUGUUUACCAGUCUUGCCUGUAGUGGUCUUGCAAUUAAUGAUGGUAACGCCUGAUGUUCCUGCAUGAUCUUCUGCUGGUUAGUCCUGGCCUUAAUUAUUUGCAGUUUGUUUAUUUGCAUUUGCAUGUUAAAUAAACGUCACUUUACACAAA